AUGGAGGAGCGGCCUGGAAAGAAGGCAAGAAUAGCUGGACCGGGCGAUUGCUUUGCAAAGGGCUUAUUGGACACAUCGGAAGAACAAAGUAAAGCAUACGCAGCCUCAGAGCCCUACCAGCAUGCGUGCAUCCCACAACUUUUUGACGACGACCUUUUGCAUGCUGUAAAGGCUGAGAUUCUAGCAAAUCUUGUGUUCACGGAGAAGGAAACAGAUAUCUACAAAGUACGGCAGACGGGCGACUUGGCAAAUCUCGAUGGUUUGGAACAAUCCGAGAAGCAAAAGCUCAAAUACAUUGCUCAAGUCCGUGAAGCCCUCUACUCUGUGCCAUUUCGCACAUACCUACGGAAAGUGACAGGGGUCGGCCCGUUAUCUGGCAGCAAAAUUGACAUGAGCAUCAAUAACUACACACAAGGCUGUCAUCUGCUGAAUCACGAUGAUGUGAUCGGUACACGCAGUGUCAGCUACAUCUUGUAUUUGCCUGAUGAAGGCUGGCAGCCAACUGAUGGCGGCGCUUUGGAGCUGUAUCCUGUCAAGACCAAGGGAAUUCCAGUCGACGAACCAUCUCUGACAUUGCCACCCUCAUGGAAUCAAUUUAUCUUCUUUGCAGUGCAGCCGGGACACUCUUUCCAUUCGGUCGAAGAGGUGGUCUCCAAGAAGAAUAGGCUGAGCAUCUCUGGCUGGUUUCAUGUUGCUCAGCCAGGAGAAGAAGGAUAUGAUGCGCGUGCAACAGACUUAGCAAAUGAGGAAGAGGCCAAGGCGAAAUCAACCCUGGAACAGCUUCUUGCCACUGACGAUGCACAAUUCGACGCCUACCCAGAGUCGACCGAAUUUCCGGAUGUGUUGAGUGAGGAAGCACUUACUGAGCUCAGCACAGUUAUGAACCCGCAAUAUCUGAGUCCAGUGACAUUGAAGCAAGUUAAUGAGCAAUUCUGCAAUGACUCUUAUAUUCAAUUAUCCAGCAUCCUGCGCAAAGACCUUGCAGAUAAGCUCAAGAAAGUUCUUGUGGAAGCUGAUGCGCAUGACAAGAUUGAUGGCUCAAUCAUGACGCCGCAUGGAACAGGCGUCGGCAAUGGCUGGAAAGUAGAAGGUCCGCCGCAUCGCCACAGAUAUUUGAGACUGGCAUCUUCUUCGGAGGUACCUCCAGAUGCUGCAGCUGAUACGCUACGCCAAAUUGAGAAGGUGGUCGCCUCAGACGCUUUCCGCACGUGGCUUGCCCUCGUCACAGCCUUGCAGCCAGAAUCGCGGUUCACAUGCGCACGUCGCUUUCGACCCGGUCUGGAUUACACUCUGGCAACGGCCAACCAGCGUCUCUUGCUGGACGUCAAUUUGUGUUUGACUCCAGCAAAGCCUGUUUGGGAAGAAGGCGAGGUGGGUGGGUAUCUGUGCUUCAUGGCCCCGCAUGGCGACGAAGACGCAGCAGUGUACAAGGCAUCUGCUGACGAUGAAGAAGAUGGCGUCUUGUUGACAGCCCACGCAGCCUGGAAUGAAAUGACCAUCGUCAUGCGCGACACGGGCGUUUUGUCCUUCACGAAAUAUGUUGCUGUUGCAAGUGGCGCAAGCCGUUGGGACAUCGCAGGGCAGUACCCAGUUGCAGACUAG